AUGCGUUGUCUUGCCAGCCUGGCCCUGGCCCUGCUCGCCCUGAAGGCUGCCCUCAUGCUGGCCCCGGCCCUCACCUUGCCAGUACCUGUUCCAAAGGCUGGCCGCUGUCCCCGGGUGCAGGCCCCGCUGGCCCCAAAGCUCUGCUUAGAGAGAAACAAGUGCUCCAGGGAUGACCAAUGUAUGGAGAACCGGAAGUGCUGCUUCAGCUCGUGUGCCAUGAGGUGUAUGGUCCCUGCCACAGGUCCAUGA